CGGCCCCGGGGCGCGGAGCGGGUGCCCGGCUUGGGGAGCCGCGAGCGCAGCCAUGCCCCAGGCCGCCUCCGGGGCAGCAGCAGCGGCGGCCGGAGCAGGGGCGCGGGCCGGGGGCGCCGGGGGGCCGGCGGCGGCUCGGGUGGGACGAUGAAGCGGCAGAACGUGCGCACGCUGGCGCUCAUCGUGUGCACCUUCACCUACCUGCUGGUGGGCGCCGCGGUCUUCGACGCGCUCGAGUCGGAGCCCGAGAUGAUCGAGCGGCAGCGGCUGGAGCUGCGGCAGCAGGAGCUGCGGGCGCGCUACAACCUCAGCCAGGGCGGCUACGAGGAGCUCGAGCGCGUCGUGCUGCGCCUCAAGCCGCACAAGGCCGGCGUGCAGUGGCGCUUCGCCGGCUCCUUCUACUUCGCCAUCACCGUCAUCACCACCAUCGGCUACGGCCACGCGGCACCCAGCACGGAUGGCGGCAAGGUGUUCUGCAUGUUCUACGCGCUGCUGGGCAUCCCGCUCACGCUCGUCAUGUUCCAGAGCCUGGGCGAGCGCAUCAACACCUUCGUGAAGUACCUGCUGCACCGCGCCAAGAGGGGCCUGGGCAUGCGGCGCGCCGACGUGUCCAUGGCCAACAUGGUGCUCAUCGGCUUCUUCUCGUGCAUCAGCACGCUGUGCAUCGGCGCCGCCGCCUUCUCCUACUACGAGCACUGGACCUUCUUCCAGGCCUACUACUACUGCUUCAUCACGCUCACCACCAUCGGCUUCGGCGACUACGUGGCGCUGCAGAAGGACCAGGCGCUGCAGACGCAGCCGCAGUACGUGGCCUUCAGCUUCGUGUACAUCCUCACGGGCCUCACGGUCAUCGGCGCCUUCCUCAACCUCGUGGUGCUGCGCUUCAUGACCAUGAACGCCGAGGACGAGAAGCGCGACGCCGAGCACCGCGCGCUGCUCACGCGCAACGGGCAGGCGGGCGGGGGCGGCGCGGGCGGCGCGGGCGGCGGCGCGGGCGGCAGCGCGCACACCACGGACACCGGCUCGUCCCCGGCGGCGGCGGGCGGCGGCGGCGGCUUCCGCAACGUCUACGCCGAGGUGCUGCACUUCCAGUCCAUGUGCUCGUGCCUCUGGUACAAGAGCCGCGAGAAGCUGCAGUACUCCAUCCCCAUGAUCAUCCCGCGGGACCUCUCCACGUCCGACACGUGCGUCGAGCAGAGCCACUCGUCGCCGGGAGGGGGCGGCCGCUACAGCGACACGCCCUCGCACCGCUGCCUGUGCAGUGGGGCGCAGCGCUCCGCCAUCAGCUCCGUGUCCACGGGCCUGCACAGCCUGUCCACCUUCCGCGGCCUCAUGAAGCGCAGGAGCUCCGUGUGAACGCCCCCGCCGGGGCCUGGAGCGCCUGCGAGUGCAGGGGGGCCGGGGCGGGGGGGGCUCCUGCCGGGGUGGGGGGAGCAGUAGGGGUCGGCGAGAGGCCCCGUGGGGCUCCCCCCACAUCCCUCACCACCUUCCCCCGGCCCCCCCAUCUCCAACUGUGCCUGCUCGCGCACCAGCCGGCAGGAGCCCGGGCUCUGAGGAUGUCUCAGGACAUCGGCGCCCUGCAAAUUCCGAGAAAUGUGAAAUUUGGGGGGUGGGGGUGGGGGAGGGAAGGCAGAAGCUGGGAGCCUCUCAUCCCUCUGGAAAUCUAAGGAGCUCCCCAGUUCUCAGAGGCCCUGCUGGUACCCAGACCACCCCCCCUCUACCCUCUCCUCCGUCCGGAGGGAACUUUGUGUUCCGUGUAAGUUUGCAUCUCUAUUUAUACCUCUGUCCUGCCAGGUCUCCCACCUUCCCGAGGCUCCAAAAGCCAGGGUGUCUUUGUUCAGGUCACCCCCACUCAGCCCCACUCCCCUUCCUCAUCCCCAGCUGUGUCUCCCAACCUCCUACUACCUUUUGUGUUGUUUUGCAUGGCUUUGCAGUUAUGGAGAAAGUGGAAACCCAGCAGUCCCCAGAGCUAGUCCCCAGAAGGCAGGCAGACUGAAGCAAGGACAGGCAGGCUGCGGGAGGGACAGGGAAGGGAUGGGAAGACAGCGCCCCGCCCCAAGUCUGCAGGGUGGUCGAUGGGAGUUCACUGGUCUCCAGCCACAUCAGGGCGAGAGAAGUCCAGCCUCAGACACUGCCCUUAGAAUCAAACAGAACACUUCAUACUUGCCAUCCCCGGCCGCUGCUGACAAUGACCAACUCUUAAAUCUGUGGAAUGAGUUUCAGCCUCCCAAAACCCUGUCCUGACUACUCAUUCAUGUGAUUCUCACAACGCCCCGGUUAGGUCACCAGGGCAGGAGUUCUCAUCCCCAUUUUACAGAUGACAUGGACACCCGGAACGGCGACGUGACUUGCCCAGGGUGACACAGAUGGCAAAAGGCCCAGGGGGACAAGAACCCAGGCUGCUUGUGCUGAGCCUCAGCGCCCUUUCCUUCGGACUCCUCUGCCCACUGUUGAAAGCGAGGCUCCUGCCCUGCACGCCCAGGCGUUGUGUGAGCCCCCGGGGCUUAAACCAGAAGCAGACUCCAGGACGGAGCCGUGUCGGGGCUCAGCCUCUAUGCCGCUUGGCCGGGAGGCAGGCCUUCUGCAUGGGCCCCUGAGGCAGGGUAGGAGCCCUCAGUCCCCGGACUGCCUGCUUACAGACCGGGAAGCAGGGCUGAGGCUCAUGGAAGAAAGGCCAGGAGCGGAGGCUCUAGGGGUGGGGGAAUGGGGCAGAAUGAGCUAGACAAGUGUCAGGCAUGUCCUCCUGGGACAUUAUCCCUGGCUGCGCAGCCAGCCUUGGUGCCUGUGUCCCAGGUAGCUAGAGGUAAAUUAACGCUGCAGCAAGGAACGCCCCUCCCAGGCAGAGAGUUUGGACCCGGUGGGCCCACCGCCCACCCCACCUGCAACCAGAAACCCAGGUGCGGAACAGCAGAGGGAGGUGAGGCCCUCGACUCCACGGUUGGGCCCACAGCUGGAGCUGGUCCCGGGUCUCAGGGCAGCCUCGAGGGGUGGGCAGGGGGCCCCUCCCCACCCAAAACUGCCCUCCCGCCUUGUGCCCCUGUCAGCUCUCUACCACUGCUGAGCAAGGUCAGCCAAAGAUGGCUGGAGUGGGGGAGCCCCAGGGGGCUUGGCCUCGGCCACACCCCAGCCACGUGCUCCAGCCUCUGGGAACCGCUGAGAGAGAAGAAGUCUGGCCGGUGUGUGAGUCCUGUCUCAGUGUGGAGGAGAAGAGGGCCCGGGACCCAGGGGCGCCCUCUGUGUUAUGUGUGGGGUGCUGGCUGCCUCUGUCCUGUGUGUGACCCUGCCCUCGAGGGGUCCUGUCCUGUCAGUCCCGAGGGAGCCACAACCAAAGUCGCAGGGAGAUGGUGAGGAAGGAGGCCAGACGGUCCUCAGCAGAGCAUGGCAGACUGCUCCGUCUCCAGCUGGGUCUUUCCGGGAACUGGAAGGCCGGCGUUGCCUCCCGCCCUCCCGCUGCAGGCAGCCUUUCUGCUUCCCCAAUGCCUUAUGCCUGGGCACACUGCCACAGAAUAUGCAAUACAUGUGGGUGACAUGCCCCCAUGCCCACACCCCACCCCGGGCAGCCCCUAGACCCCAAAGGCUACGGCUGCCACGGCCUCCCUUCCGCCCCUCUUGCCUAUCUGUCUUCACACUGAG